CACAUGACAUUUCAAGAAUUGAAAAUAUUAGUACAUUAUAUUGUCAUCAUCGUUUAAACCGAAACUUUGUUUAGAUUUUAUAAUUUACUUAGCACAGUUAUUUCUAAAAAGAAAAUAUGGUAGACGAUUUAAGAAAACACCUCAAUCAUUUGCUUGAGAAAGUAAACGGAUUACAUUGUAUUUUAAUAACCGAUCGAGAUGGAGUUCCCGUAGUGAGAUCUGUGACUGAAAAAGCACCGCAACUGGCUCUUAGGCCUAACUUUAUAUCAACUUUUGGAAUGGCAACUGAUCAAGCAAGUAAGCUGGGUCUUGGGAGAAAUAAAACGAUUAUAUCAAUGUACUCGAGUUAUCAAGUGAUUCAAAUGAAUAAGCUUCCACUUGUAAUAACAUUCAUUGGUAGUGAUAACUGCAAUACAGGGCAUAUUUUAUCUCUGGAAAGUCAAAUAGAACCUUUCCUUAAGGAUCUAGAAGGUAUCGUUGCAGAUGCCCCCUGAGUUAUUAUACUACAAUACACAUAUUGUACUAUCCUUCAUAAAUAUAUCCGACUCGUAAUAAUUACCAUCAGCAGCAGAUAGGUGUUUUGUUUUUUAAUUUAGUGUUAUUUAAGUUUAUAAUUCAGAGGUGCCUUUUUUCAUAGUUUAAUUGGUUUAUUUUGCAUUUUUUUUUUUAAUAAUUUGUUUGUAUCCAUAAAUUUUAAGCCUAGUAUUUGUUUGAAAAUUCACUAUUACUAAAAUUUACUAGUAUAUCAGUUUAUCUUUUUAAUCUUGGUUUAUUAUUGGCCGGACAAACCUAUUAAUGCUGUCCAGAUAAACCUUGAGCGGUCAAGUUUCUUGACUGUAAAUUAUUUUUCUAAUAUAUUUCACAUCACGGUUGAUAAUAUGUUACAUUAGUAUGUUCAAUAUUUCUUUGAUAUUUUGUAACACUCUAAUUAUUUUUUUUUGUUAUUACUGAACUAACAAUUUUCUUUUCAAUAAUAAAUCCUUCAAAUAGUGAACAAAAUAUAACACCUCUUUUUUAAGAUUAUGAGUAAGCAUGUAUUUUGAAACAAAUAUUACAAGGAAUAACAGCACAUACAUUAAGAAAAGGAAAAUUUAUUUCUUUGUUCUUCUAAUGCUCUCAACAGUAACAUCAGUUUUCCGAUAUUGUAAUAUUGAGAAAUGUUUGGCUUUUAUUAAAAUAUGUAAAUAUAUAAUUGUAUAUAAAAAAUAAAGUUAUUCUUUUUAUCAUUA